CACUUGAUUGUGCAGAUUUCACCACGGAGGUGUGUACUAACACCAUCACCACUUAGGAUAUUACCACCAGGAUGUCUUUCUUGGCCCUGGAGACACCACAACCAUGGCAGUUACCGUCAUCAAACUUUACAGACCUGAUCAGCAACCAUUAUGACCGUCGACCGGACCUUGUGGGGUCACACGGCGGGUUCGGCCAUCUAGUCAGCUCCGGCUCCGGAUCGUUCUCAACGGCUCCCCGACUGAGCCACACGCCGGCGGGAGCCGCGGACUUUCAGCCGCCCUACUUCCCCCCGCCCUACCAGCCCCAGCAGGCCGUGGACUUCCACCACCACCAGGUGGACCCCUACAGCCACGUCAACCCCUUCCAGCAGACGACACAGCACUACAACCAGCUGCACGCGCCCGACAGGAAUGUCCUGGCCCGGCGGGACGACCCCCUCAACAUGCACCCCGGCCUGGGGGGCUACGACACACGACGCCCGGACUAUAUGACCGGCCUCCGGCGGCCGGAUGUGCUCCACCACGGGCCGCAUCACGGACUAGGUCUGGAACAGGACCCGUCGCUGCUCAACCUUCACCCCAACCCCCUGGUCGGGUUGGAAGACGCCAACCAGCCCCAGUUGGACGAUGGCAGUGGAUAUUUACAUUCAGAACACAAUUCAGUCAUCAGGAAAGGAAUCCGGCCGAAAAACGAGAACAGCAAAGAUUUGAUCGUGUCGUCACACAUUGCGUCACCCAGUGACGUCUUCUGCUCCGUGCCGGGCCGUCUGUCUCUGCUCAGCUCCACAUCCAAGUACAAGGUCACCGUAGCAGAAGUUCAGAGGCGACUCUCCCCUCCAGAAUGUCUCAACGCCUCUUUGUUAGGUGGCGUGUUACGAAGAGCCAAGUCCAAGAACGGAGGGCGGUCACUGAGGGACAAACUGGAGAAGAUAGGACUGAGUCUACCAGCGGGCAGGAGGAAAGCGGCCAACGUGACCCUGCUGACGUCACUUGUGGAAGGGGAGACAAUCCGACUAGCCAGGGACUACUCGUACUUGUGCGAGACAGAGUUCCCCUCCCGCCAGAUCGCCGAGUACAACACGAGGCACGUCGACCCAGGAGACUACCACAACCGGAAGAACAUGCUACUGGCCUCCAAACAAAUAUUGAAGGAGUUCAUUGACGUCAUCAUGCAGGACAGGUCACCCCUGAACAACACCCGGCCCACCCCUGUCCUGGAGCCCGGCAUGCAGAGACACCUGACCCACUUCUCCCUGCUCACCCACGGCUUCGGCCAGCCCGCCGUCGUGGCCUCGCUCAACUGUGCCAUGAACUACCUCAACGAGUCGCUCAAGAUCAUUGACAAAACGUACACCGGCGGGGCACAGGUGCCCCCUGGUCAGGCACCCAACGGGCAGCACAUGGGCAGCGUCGACGGGAAGAUAAAAACAGAUAAGGAUGAGAACAGGCGGGAGUGAAUCGUCAGGAGGAACAGACGAUGAAGAGUGCGUAGAUGAAUUUGUGAAGUGUUGGGAAACAAAAUCUAAAUCGUUACCCGGAUAUAAAAUAAACAAACUUUUAUCCAAGAACGAUAACUCUAAAUUUUGAUGGUUGUGACAAUUUAUCUGCCCCUUGCUGUGCAUAGCCCGUGUGAUUUGUGGUGGAGAGAGAAAAAGAAAAUGACGUCACUUUGUUUUCUUUUGACAAUUUUUUCCCCCCUAAACAUCCAAUUAUGUGAGGGAUUUCUUUAAAAAAAAUGAAAUCCCAAAACAAUUAAUCCCGCAAAUACGACAGUUUAUAUUUAAUAUAUGUGGUGGUAUUCUACAAGGAUUAUACCCGUUUUAAUAUGUUCCAUGUUUUCCUUCUAUAAAGACACAUAGUCACAUAUUCGGCUCAGUUAUAUUUAAAUCUUACCCAACAAAGUUUGUGCAAUGUACAAUAGACGGAUCAUGUUCAAUUUCAUACACAGAUAUGGCGGUGAAAUUGAGACAUUUCUUUGUGCAAUUUGGUGGAUAUUUCAGUUUUACUGCAUUUGUCCUUGAUUGGUUUCAAUUUCCCCGUAGCUAAAUUUAUCUAACAGUACAUGUAUUAGUAAAAAAAAAGUAUAUUUUUGCUCCUGAAAUUAACUCUAGUCUAAAAACCGAUAACUCUGGCGUCCCUGCUACAAGACGGCUGACGUCACUGAUGAACCAGCAGAGGGCGCUGUCGUUAGUCCAUUUAAAAAAAAAUGGCUGCGUCGAAAAAAAAAAUCAAUGAACUGCGUCGGUUAAUUUUGUUGAAAGGUUAUACGUCACGAUGUGGUGGUGGAACCUUCUGGAACCCAGCCCUACCCCGCCCCUGAAGACCCAGGAUGGGAUGUCAAAACCUAAUCGCAGAAACGUCACGAAUUAAAGCUAAUUUCGUGAUGACUGCACGCAUGCGCACAAGGCAGUUUAGGUUUCAAUUGUUUUUUUUUCUCUUUGAAUUGUUACAAUUGGAUACGAUGUGUAAUUGUUAAUAGAUAACAAUUUUAAAAGCAACAUUAAAUUGGUAUCCUUUUUAUAUAAAAUAUUGAAAAAAAAAUCAAAUUAUAAAAUUUAAGAUUUUCUAGUUUUACUUUGUUAAACUAAAAUAUAUUACAAGUUUUCUUCAGUGAUAACACUGAUUUAAAAAAAGCAUGUAAAUUGAUACUCGUAAAUAACAUAAUUUAUCAGUUUAGUAUCGAUAAUAAUUAAUGUAAGUCUGAAGUAUACGAUUUAUAGUAAUUAAAGUUAAAACAAAUUGUACAGGUAAUUGUACACAUUUCUCAUCAAUGUAGAGAGAUGAUAUCUUGUUUUGAUCACAGUGAGUCAGACUAAUAGAAUGGAUGUACAUGAUGACAUUAGGGUUUAAAUGUUGCCUUUGUUUAAUAAGUGUUUAGAUAUUUUUCUUUGUUUAAUUGAUUAGACCAGAAAGAUUUUAUUUGUUCAAAUGCUUA